CCAUACCCGGCCAAGUGCAUGAGGGGCAAGGACGCAACGGUCAACUUUAAAAUAGGGUUUCCAAAUAAAAAAACCCAAUUGCGUUACUUCACUUUCUGUCUGUGCAGAUUUCCUCUCGCUUAUCGAAGCUUCCAGGGUUCCUUGUUAUCUUCAUCUACACCUUCUCAGUUCACCACACAACCACCAUGUCUGGGAAAGAAGAAAAAGGCGGCACACAGGAUGCCGCUGAGAGAAUCAAGGCGGCAACACUCUCGGCCGCCAAGGGCCUCAGCCGUUCUCAGGCGGAACGAGCCGCCGCUGCCGCCGCCCGAAAUGUGAACGCCUACGGGCAGAAAGAAGAAGGUCCAAGCAGAUGGCAAGAAAGGAAAGAAGCAAAGAGACAAAUGUAUCUCAUGAGUACCGAAAAACAAGUAAGACUUGGUGAAAGAAAAGACCUCAAAACCUCAACACCAACUGCUACAAAUUGCCAAAAGUGUUUCCAACCAGGGCAUUGGACUUAUGAAUGCAAAAACGAACGUGUUUACAUUUCUCGACCUUCUAGAACACAACAAUUGAAAAACCCCAAGUUGAGAAUGCGGGCCCCGGUUUCGUAUGAUUUGGAUAAUCCAGAGGUUGGGAGAGAGGAGAAAGGGGAUGGGAAUGUUAAGAAGAAGAAGAGUAAGAGUGGAGAUAAGAGUAAGAAAAGGAAGCAUGGGUCGAGGUCGGAAUCGGAAUCGGAAUCAGGAUCGGGGAGUGGUAGUGAUAGUGAGGCUUCAGUGUUUAGUGAGUCGGAAUCGGGUACGGAGUCGGGGUCUUCUGAAGGGAGCGAUUCGAGUGAUAGUUCGGAUUCCGAUUCCGGGGACGAUAGGAGGAGGAGAAGUAAGAAGGACAAGAAGAAGAAAGCGAAAGAGCCGAGGAAAAGGAAACACCGUCGGCAUAGUAGUUCCGAUUCGUCGGAGUCGGAAUCAGAGUCGGAGUCGGAAUCAGAAUCGGAUUCCGAUGACAGUAGAAGUCGGAGGAAGGGCAAAAGGCAUAGCAGAAAGCAUUGAAAGCAUUCAAGAGAGGUUUUCAAAGUCCAGCAAAUUCAGGUUGAUGAAGCAUUUAGAUUCUGGAUGGGGGUUAAAAGUAAAAAACCAUUGGUUUUCAGUAUUUUGCUAUAUUGUUGAUUGGAACAAGUGCAUGCAUGCAUGGUUUGAAGUUUUCUUUCUUUUCUUUGUAUGAUACAGUAAUAUACUUUUAGAAUUAUGAAUGAGUUAUUGUUUACUCACAA